AUGUCCCCCCAACUCCCCCACACCUACAAAGCCGCCGUGAUCGCGGGCGCCAACGCCCCCUUCGAAAUCCAAGACGUACCUCUCCAUGAGCCGAGCGAAGGAUUGGUCCUCGUCAAAGUGAUUGCCUGCGGCGUCUGCCACACCGACGAGAUCGCUCGGACAGGAGCAUUUGGCCCACCCCCCCGCGUCCUCGGCCACGAGAUGGUAGGCGAUGUAGUAGCCACAGGUCCCGGCGAAAAGAAAUGGAAAGUCGGUGACCGCGUCGGCGGAGCCUGGCACGGCGGCCACGACGGCACCUGCAAGCAGUGCAACCGCGGCUUCUUCCAGAUGUGCGAUAAUGCCGCCGCCAACGGCAUCACGCGUGACGGCGGGUACGCCGAGUACAGCCUCCUGCGCUCCGAAGCCGUCGUCCGCAUCCCCAGCGACAUCGACCCAGCAGAAGCCGCGCCCCUCCUCUGCGCCGGCGUCACCGUCUUCAACGCCAUUCGCAACAUGCAGGUCCCCCCAAGCAGCACAGUCGCGAUCCAAGGCCUCGGCGGCCUCGGCCACCUAGCGCUGCAGUACGCGCGCAAGAUGGGCUACCGCACCGUCGCGCUGUCGCGAGACGGCGCGAAGAAGGCGUUUGCUACUGAGCUUGGCGCGACGGACUAUAUUGAUGCGAGCAAGGAAGACACCGUUGAAGCGUUGCAGAAGCUGGGUGGCGCGGACCUUGUCGUCGUCACGGCGCCGGAUGCGCGUAUUGUUGGACGGCUGGUUGAGGGGUGUGCGGCGAGGGGCAAGGUCCUGAUUCUGGCGCCUGUUGGCGACGUCGCAGUCAACACAGGCACGCUAAUCAUGAAGGGGAUUUCCGUGCACGGCUGGCCAGCAGGCCACGCGCUCGACGCGGAGGAAGCGAUUGCGUUCGCGCAGCUGCAGGGUGUCAGGUGCUUGGUUGAGAAGUUUCCGCUCGCCAAGGUCCAGGAUGCUACCGACCAUAUGUUGAGCGGCAAGGUCAGGUUCAGGGCUGUCUUGACCAUGGAGUGA